GGAUCGCGACCUAUAUAAACACGGCCUCUGCGCCAGGCCGCCCUGCAUCCUCGUUCGUCUCGCUCUGCCUGUCCUGAUCCGAGAAUGAAAGUCAACCUGGAGCCUCUUCCCCACCACGGCCCGCACACCAAGAAAGUGUGCCAGGGCGUCAUCUCGUUUGCCCUGUUCGUGGUCCUCUUCAUCGUCCUGGGCUAUAUCAAGUACUGGUACUUUGAUCCCUACAGCCCCUUCGCUCCCCGCCGAGUCGAGUGCCCCAGCUCUCCCAUCGUUCGUCAGAUCAAGGGCCAGCAAACACUUGCCGUCCAGGAGUCUGACUGGGUCGCCGGACGAGAAACCGAGGUCCGCGAUGCUUGGAGGGCUUACCUGCAGCGUGUUGGUCUCAAGGACUUUGACGUCGAAGCCUUCCUCGCUGCCAACGAGCGUCUACCCCGCAUCGGCCUUGCCAUGAGCGGCGGCGGCAACCGUGCUAUGCUUGUCGGCGCUGGUGUCAUCUCAUCGCUGGAUGAGCGUAACCCCGAGGCCGUCUCGUCAAAGACCGGCGGUAUCCUUCAGAUGUCGACCUAUGUCUCGGCUCUUUCGGGCGGCUCCUUCCUCGUCGGCUCCAUGUUCACGACCAACUUCCCCACCGUCAGCUGGCUCUUCGAUAACGUCUGGAAGAUCGAUGUUGAUGUCGCCACCCCCGCCUCGAUCGAUGCCAUCUCCGACAUUGGCAUCUACGCCGAGUUCAUAAAGGAUGUUGCUGACAAGACCCGCGCCGGCUUCAAGACCUCUAUCACCGACUACUGGAGUCGCCUCGUUGCUGUUCACACCACCAACCACUCCAACUAUGGUGUUUCGCAGACCUUCUCGGGCCUGGCCGAUUCGUCGUCGUUCAAGAACCACCAGACCCCCUUCCCCAUCGUGGUCUGGGACCAGCGCCGCUACUACGACAACGACGUGUCUGAGUACUCCAACAUUUGGGAAACCAGCUUCUUCGAGACCGGCAGCUUCAGCCCCGCUGUCAACUCCUUCAUCGAUACCACCUACCUUGGCACCUCUAUGGACAACGGCAAGCCCGUCUCGAACAAGCAGUGCGUCGUCGGCUUUGACCACUUUGCCUUCCAUCUCGGCAUUUCCUCGUCGAUCUUCAACCAGGCUCUCAACGACAUCAACAAGGCCUCCAACGGCUCGUUCCUCUCGCAGGUCAUCACCUACCUCUCGGAUGCCAACGUCGACAGUGCUCUGGUCCCUAACCCCUUCUACAAGCUCGCUGGCGUUGAGAACGAGACUUCCAGCAUCCAAGAGGUUGAGCUGGUUGAUGGUGGCGAGGACGGACAAAACGUGCCUCUGUGGCCCCUCAUCCAGCCCGCUCGCGAGAUCGAUGUGGUCUUUGCGGUCGAUAGCACCGUCAGCUACUACGAGGGCGGCUGGCCCAACGGCUCGUCCAUCAUCUCCACCGCCGAAUACGCCAAGCGAAGCAACAUUCCCUUCCCCCCGGUCCCGCUGCACGCCGAGGAGUACCAGGACCAGGGUCUGAUCGACCGUACCACGUUCUUUGGCUGCUACCUCAACGAGGCGGACAAGCCCAAGACCGGCUCGCUCCCUCCUCUCCUGGUCUACGUCCCCAACCGCUUCGGCACCUUCCCCUCGAACGCCUCGACCUUCAAGCGUGCCUACGAGCGCGAUCUUGCCAAGAGCUACAUCGGCAACGGCUUCUCGCUCCUUGCCGAUAAGGAGACCCAGGGCACCGUUGCCUCCGAGGUCGACGACUGGUCUGCCUGCCUUGCCUGUGCUCUCAUUCACCGCGCCGGCAACUCUCAGCCGACCGAGCAGUGCCAGAGCUGCCUCAAGGCCGCCUGCUGGGAGCCCAGCAACCCCCCGGCCCCGGUUGCCCAGGACCGCCUCAAGCACGUCUCGGACUUUGCUCCCGAGCGCCAGACCAAGACCCCGGCUGCAGACCAGCCCGCCGAGGACAAGCCCAAGAGCCAUUCUGCUCUCCCUUCCUUCUGGGCAACGGUGCUGCUCAUCACUGUCUUUGUGAUCACCAUCACGGCCUUCAAGUACGGUCUCUGGAUGAGAAGCGGCUCUGUCGAGGACCGCCAGCCUCUCCUGCGACGCAGCUAAACGGCUCUCCACCGACACGGCGUUGUAGCCGCGACGGAUGGAUGGAUGGAUGGAUGGAUGGAUGGAUGGAUGUGCCUCCUGGUCUCUUGACACCCGUUGCUCACAUUUCAAGUAAUCAAGUUUGGGUGCGGGCCAGGCUCGGCCAAGUCUCUCGUUCGAGGCCGCAGCCAGCUUGCAUUUUUCCGUCUCUCUGUCGGCUCUGCUCUACUCUGCUUUGUCAUGUCCACUCAAUCUCUCCGUUCGCUUGCUCAUCGUAUCCCUCCGUCCAUUGAUUGUCAUGUCCUCUCCCUCUCCCUCCCAACAACCAACCCACUCACCCACAAGCGGGAUACUACUGCGUUUGACUGGCCAGGCUUUUCCUUCCUCAUUGUUCGUGGAUUGCAUGGUGCACCCGAUUAGCCUUCCCCUGGCACCCGGCGGGAUCUGUGUUUUCCCGUCGUCAGUCAAAUACAAUAUCAAAGUGCCACAUUGA